ACUACUGUAAACAAACCGAGGCUGCUUUACGGUUAGCUAACGCUGGACUAACCGACUUUCUUCUCAGUAUGUGUAAAACUGUCUCUCACUACCCAUGCCUGUCAGUUCAUCUGAAUCCACCAGUUUAUUUAAAGCCUGGCUUUAAUCAAAAUGACAGCAACCUGACCCAUGGACCACUGCAGUGUUUGCUCUAUCAGAGGAUUACUUUUGGAGGAAGAUCAUGAAUGACAAACUCGUUUUCCUGGGCUUGCUUUAUUUUGUCCAGGGCAUCCCUUAUGGUCUUCAGUCAUCUCUGCUUCCAAUCUACUUGCGUGGAGCUGGUCACUCUCUCACCCGCAUCGGUUUUACCAAGAUCCUCUACUUUCCCUGGGUACUCAAGGUACUCUGGGCCCCUUUGGUUGACCGACUUGGUACUAAGCGCCGCUGGUUGGUGGGAACAGUGACUGGACUUGCUCUGACAUGCCUGACCAGUGCUGUGCUGGCACCAGAGGCACACAUCUGGGGAGUGGCCGGAACUCUGUUGGCAAUGAACACCCUUGCCUCUGUUCAGGAUAUUGCUGUUGACGGGGCUGCAGUUGGGUUAUUGAAAGGACGAGGGGAGCUGGGGUUGGGUAAUACUGCUCAAGUUGUAGGCUAUAAGGCUGGAUCUGUGUUUGCUGGAGGCGGGCUCUUGGCUGUAAUUGACGUUGCUGGAUGGAGCUGGAUGUUCAUGUUGCUGAUGUUUGUGUAUGCAGGGGUAGCUCUCUUUGUGUGGGGAGCCCCUGUUCUGGAUGAUGAGACUAUAAGGGGCCCGCAGGUGGAUGGCGGCAGGAGGGGAGGGCAGGGGGUGGAUGCUGUAAGGCCAUGGAGGGUGUGGAGAAAGCUGCUGGCCGUGCCCGGCACACCUUGGACAGUACUGUAUGUGCUCACAUACAAACUAGGUGAGCAGGGUGCAGUUACCAUGUUUCCUCUUUUCCUGUUGGAUCACCACAUGACUGCCAGGGAACUCGGCUUCUGGAACGGUGUUAUUGCAAUGGGCUUCUCCAUCUGUGGGUCAUCUCUAGGAGGCCUUUUGCUUGCUCAGUUCAGCAUCGGGGCUCUGAUGCGCCGUGUGUUUGUGCUGCGAACCGUCAGCAUGGUCUUCCAGAGCUCUCUGCUCACUGUACUAGAACCAUCACCACUCAUGAAAGGUAUGGCAGUCCUCAGCAUGAGUGUUCAACACUUCCUGGGAGGUCUUAUCACAACGCUCACCUUCACUACAAUGAUGCAUUGUACCCAGAGGGCAGAGGACAGCAUUCAGGCCACCCACUACAGUUUCCUGGCGACUCUAGAGGUGCUGGGAAAGCUGAUGUUCAGCGCUCUGGCUGGAGGUGUGGUGGACUGGUUUGGCUUCCAAGUUGCCUUCCUCUUCUUCCUCACCCUCUCCGCUGGAACAGCCCUGCAUGUGUGGACGGCUACCUAUACCGGUGCUCUCCGGGAGCAUCAGGUCAAAGAACAGCCCAAAUGAGAUCAGACUUAACAGUCCCGAUUCAGGACAAGCGCAGGUGCUGAAAGUAGUUUGCCUACAAGUAUUUAGACACAACAAAUGCUUUUAAAAUUCUGUUAAAUGUAUCAAAGUUUCAGCAAAUAAUUUCAGUAUAGAUGAUCUCACAUAAGUAUCAGCCAUUUUUUAGGGAGAAAUCAGCCAUGCCUUCAAGUACUCUGAUAGUGUGCUUUUGUUUUGUCAUUCACUGGCCAAAUUGACCUUACAUUUAUUUUUUUUUUGUUUUUGAAGUAUCGGAAAAAGUCUUAAAACAGUUCUUAUGCGAUGAACCUUGCCCAUACUGUUUGGUGAAGCUGUGUUGAGUGUUACGGACAUAGUGGGUCUGGUACAUCCAGUUAGCAUGUAAGGGGUUUAGUGUAGGUGGCAGUGAUAUUUACAUAUUGAGGGUUUAGAUGUACUUAGAAUAAAAAGAAGCUGUAAUCAAAACUGCUUCUCCCAUUUGAGCCAUGUUAGCAUUUGUAUGAGCCAGCAAUAAGAACUGUAGCCAAAAGCAAUAUUGCUAUUUUGUUCUGUCAUACUGUACUGUAUAUGAAUUUAUUCAUCUUUUUCCUAAGUUGUACGGUUUACAUCUAAAUGGAAAAAAAAAUCUCUGCUACCUCAGUCAGCACUGUAUGUUACUAUACAGUUACACAGAAUGUACAGUAGCUGCACAAAGUAGAGUACCCACUCAUUACCACUGAUUAUAAAUACGUUAAGUUAAAUGGUUCACCAAAGUAAGUAUGUAGUUGCAGGGCCUUUCUCCUUAAAUAGAGAAUAAAUGUCAUUCAGCUCUUGAAUAAGGAGCAUUUAUUUCUUGUCAAUAAACACUUAUUUGCAGAAUAAACUCCCUUCCCUGGUGUAAUUGGAUCGAUUACUUGAUAAAACCUCAGCCAUAUACAUUGGAUGGUGCCAUUUUGUCUCAGUUUUUGACUUAGACUCAUUAAGAGUCUCAGUUUUAAAGAAAACUUGAAUAACCAUGAUUAUAGUGGGACAUUAGAUUCCCUGGUAAAAUUGUUUAAAUGUUGUGUUUUAUGAUUAAAAAAGCAAAUGCACAAUUACUAUACUGUAACUCAUCAUAGUACUGUAUCCUGUAGAGGAUUCAUUUUCUUCCGGCUUAAGAUAUGAAUAAAUCAGCAGCCUCUUAAACAGUCUUAAAUUGAUAAUUGUGUUGGAGAGAACCAGUUCUAAGCUCUGGCCCUUUGCUGGAUGAAUCCGUUUGCAUGAAGGCAUCUCAAUAAGUUUAGCAAACUGAAAGAGAAGAUCACAUGCUUUCACUCUUUAUAAAGUAAGGAUGCCAUACCAUAUUAGCAGUGUUUUCAUGGAGCCAGGUUGUCUAAUCAUACAGAGCACUUGUUGCCUCUCAGCUACUGUGUUGCUGGAGAUUUGCACAAUAAUAAAGCUGCUGAGUGAA